UCCCCAAUGCAACCACUUCCUAUUGCAUUGGGCCCCUCAGAUGACCACCUACCAAAUCUCCGCCCUCUUCUAAAAACUUAACAUACAGAUAUCAACACACGCUUUUACAAAAGUAAAUGUGUAUGGACCACCUGUGUACAUAAUGGAGCCAAUACUCGCCUGGUGGAUACUUUCUUGUCUGAUAAGCCAAGUGUAUUUACACCUUACAAUGCAAGAUAUUGCACUCUUGGCUACAGAUAAGGACCCAAAAUGUUUUACCAGGGAUUUAGAAACCUUUACUUGCUUUUGGGAAGCGCCUGUGGGAAAAUCAUUUUACUUUCUGUAUAUCAGUGAUGGCCCAGAAGAAAUGUGUGAUGUGAAACAACAGCUUUUUAAAGAGGAGCGAAAGAAGGUCCUAAAUAUUUGCGUCUUCCCACCUAGUGAUGUGUAUUUGUUUGAUGACACACAGAUAAGAGUGAUCGAUAGAGACACCAAUGCAACUGUCUAUACUCGCAAUGUCACAGUGAAUGACCAGGUUCUAUGGUAUCCUCCCACAAAUAUAUCUCUUCAUCCAACUGGUGAGGUCGGGCAGAUGUUAGUUAAAUGGAAAUCGCCUGAACAAUUGAGGGGAGACACGCAGUAUGAAAUUCGUUACCAUCCUAAAAUCAAACAGAAUAGCACAGAACUGGUGUCAGGAUCCUCCCAUAAGCUCACUUCCUUGGUUGCAGGAGAAAACUGCACAUUGCAAAUGAGAGUCAAGCCUACUGGCCUUGAUGGUCUAAGUGGGUUUUGGAGUGAUUGGUCAAGUAAUGUAACUGCUAUGGUUCCACAGUCAACAGAUGACAUAAAAUUGCGUUGCCACACUCCUGAUCUGCAUCAAUUAUUAUGCAAAUGGAGUAACAACAUAUAUGACGGCAGAUACAACCUCCAUUACAGACAAACAAACAGAAGUUCAUGGGGCAGUUGGAAGUUGUGUUCAGUAGAGCACAACAAUAUUAACCAGUGCAUCCUGUAUGGUGAGGAGUCCACUGUUUAUCAGAUUUAUCUCAGCGCUGAUUUGGAACCAUAUGGUCGAAUCUUUUACAUGAAGACGUUCAGUAUGAACAGCAGCGUCCAAACAGAUCCUCCAAGACGAAUGUUGGUACAAACUGAACGAGGAAGGCUUUGUUUGAGUUGGGAACCACCACUCAUAAUGAUCUCUCAAUAUCUGAUGUAUCAGAUCCAGUAUCAGCUCCAGGGAGACAAUGAGUGGAAG